UUUGCAUAAUCAAUUGCCGCGGUGGAAGACUCCCACCUAUGUGGGUUGAUGAUGGGGGCAGUCCUUUGUCGAAGCCCAUGUGAUAAUCAUGCGAUUAUUUGCCGGCCGUAGAUCGAAGAUUGACACCUUUUUGAGCAAUCAUCAAUCGAGGCUCUAAACAAUCCGAAUCGUGUUCCAACAAUUAAACCAGGCAGUGGAAAAGUGAAGCUGACCAGACCGACUAGAACUGGUAACCAAAAUGAACACGGCAAUACGCGAUUAAAUGAUUGUAAUUGGAUGGGUCUUCUCCUGGAAAGACCCCCAAAAGUCAGCCAUCUGGCCCACUCCCAUGGCAGCUUACAGUGCUGUCAGCAGUCAUGUGUUUGGCUACUCGGAGCCCAAUCAGCGCCGCUGGGCCCGUCACCAUGGCCACUGUGCCGGCAAGACACAGUCGCCCAUUGCCAUCACCACGAGCCGGACCAUACCCGUUCAUAUGCCUGCCGUGGAUAUGAUUGGCUACCACAACCUCCUGCCGUAUCCCCUGAAAAUGGUCAACAACGGACACACGGUCUCCAUCGGCAUACCCAAGGUGAAUGCGAGCAACGCGGAGGAGGAUUUCCUGCCCUACAUUCGGGGGGCGAAGCUGCCCGGCGAAUUCGAGGUGGAGGGCCUGCACUUCCACUGGGGCGACAAGAACAAUCGAGGCUCCGAGCAUGUCAUCAACGACAUCCGCUACACCAUGGAGAUGCACAUAGUGCAUCGCAACAAGAAGUACGCGACCAUUGGGGAGGCUCUCAAUCAUCCCGAUGGCGCUGCCGUGCUCGGGUUCUUCUUCAAUCUCGACGAGGAUGAGGGUCAGGGCUUGGUCACCAUUAAUCGUCAUCUGCAUUUGAUAGCCGAUGCCAACCAGGAGGCCACCCUCAAUGUCACCUUCUCCCUGUCAUCCCUGAUAGCCGGCGUUGACGUGGACAAGUUCUACACCUACAAGGGUUCCUUGACCACGCCGCCCUGCUCGGAGGCCGUCACCUGGAUCCUGUACUCAGAUCCCAUUCCGAUCUCACCAAAGCAGAUCUCCCGCUUCCGUCAGCUGUCGGACACGCAGGAUGGGGCGCUCGUGGACAACUUCCGCACCCUGCAGCCGGUGGGCAAUCGACGCAUCUUUGCACGCACCGGACACGUGCGGCACACCUCGAUUGCGGCCCUAAAGCACGAGGGCGACUAUCUCAAGUACGACUGGUUCUACUGAGCUCGGUUCUACUGUGGCCGGAUGUAGCAGCAGCACUGUGCCAUGCCAUGUUUAGGUUACCGUUUAAGAUUAGCAUUUAUUACCUUACACUAACAGUUAGCCGUAAGCAAGAUGGUCAGGGAACACCAUCCAGGAUAUCCAUUAAACGAAUACUCUUCUUCCUACGCGA